GUCCCAGCUUGGGAUCACAGAGCUUGGUUCCAAUUGUCCUCACUGAUUGCAGACAAUGUGGCUGUAAUACAUUUCAUCCUCCCUGAGAGGUGGUUAAUGGGACCAUGUUCACGCUGUUAUAACUAUCUAAUGAGAAAUGAUCUAAUAACUCUGGUUGUAAGGUGGUGUAUUUGGGGGGGAUGAUGGGCCCUCACAGUUUACUAGAAGCUCUUACUCAUACAGAUACCUUUCUGUUACACAAACCCUCACUCAGUUGUUUCCCUGGUGGGGGGUCUCAGGUCUAAGCCACUUUCCCAGGAAUGUUCCUGAUCUCUUCCUAGCCACCUCUAUUGGGCAACAAUCCCACACCUUCUCCAAGGGAGGUCCUGUUCUCCUCUCUGCUCUCUAUCUCCCAUUGAAGCCCCUUCUGGUUCCCAACUAACAUCAGUGUUCUGCUCACAGAGGAUCCUGUUGUCAAAAGAUUCCUGGCCUGGGACAAGAACCUGAGGGUGUCUGACAAGGUGAGGUUGUUCUCCACUGGGCAGUGUUCCUGCUCCAGCACAGCCUGGAUGAGGAGGGAAUUCUAGCCCCAUGGUCCUUCCCUCUGCCUCCACGUAGAGCCAACAAAAUGUGCCAAGUCCUGGCUCCUUUGUGGCUUGUCACAUCUCCCUUCAGGACCUAGCAGUUUCCUGCAGACAGGACAGGUGGACCUUGCUUCUUCUUGGGGUGCUUUGGGCUUCAAGCCCAAGUCCACAGUCUUGCAUGUCUACCCCCUUUUACUUGUUGUCACCUGAGGUUCUGGGCUCCUCUCCUCUUUGCUCUCCUUGGGACCCCCCAUUUUACAGCUUACCCAAGACCCUCUUCACCCAGCUCACCUACAUGCCUUCCCUCAAAAGGUCCCCUGAGAUCUGGCCCUCCAGUGCACACCUAGGCCUUCUCUCCCCGACUGCUCCAAUUGACCUUGAUCCUUCCUGUCCUUCCCCAAAGAAGCAGGUCUCCUUACUCAGCUACCAUCUCCUAGGAGCCCUCUCUACCCCAGACCUCCAUUCUUCUUUCCCCUCUUUCCUUCUCUUCUAGGAUAUGACCUCUCUGUCUUUCCUCUCUCUCCAUCAAUACCUUUUGUCUAUGGUCAUAGCUUAUUUUAGCCAGGCUGGCCUCUUCUCCUGGCAGUACCAACGAAUCCACUUCUUUCUGGCCCUCUACCUGGCCAAUGACAUGGAGGAGGACAACCAGGCUCCUAAACAAGGCAUCUUUCGUUUCCUCUAUGGGAAAAGCUACGCCCAACGUCCCCUGUUCCACAAACUGCGCUAUCAGUUCAUCUGCUCCAUGGGCUGGAACAGUAGAGUUUCCAAGGAGGAGUGUGAGGAGGUGGGUGGUGCUGUGUGUGCUUGUGGGGGGAGACGUAUGGGCUGAUUGGAGAGACACAGGAAGGGGGUGGCUGCAGGUGGGAUUGGAAGGGGAGAAACUCUGUAGGUUGUGCACAGAGGGAAGGACUUCCAGGCAGUCAUCAGUUAGUUUGUUGCAUUUUUUUUUUGUAGUAAACCAAAUUUGUAUCUCAAUUUACUGUAUGCAAUCUAACAAAAAAUUCAUGGAAAUUUACUAGGUAUACAUAAGUGAUUCAAGUAAUAAAAGAAAGUUCCAUUUUAGGAAAAUGAAGUUCAUAUCUUGAGAAAAAGUAAAGUACAUUAAAAAUGUAAAGCCAAAUCCAAUUUCUAUGCAUUAAGGGAACUAUAGUUUAAUAAAGCACAUAUAAGUGAUUUUUUAGAUAUAUAUCUUGGGUCUUUAGUAUAUAUUUAUGUAUAGAUAGAUUUAACAAUUGUAGUCUAUGGUUUAUUUUAAAGGAA